AUGUCUUGUCUAUCACUUGGUCGGCUCAAUCGUGAUUAUCACAUGGCUCGCUAUGGUGUCCAGCUGCACCGCGCCACGAUUCAACAUAUUUCCAAAUUAAUGAUUCAGGAUCCUUAUAAUGAGGAUUAUAUCCGAGCUAUGGUUAUUCUAAAAAUUCUGGAGAUCUAUGCAAUCACUGCAGUGGAUUUCACUAGAGAGGAAUUCGAAUAUUUAAUAGAGUCCAAGACCGGCCACCCUAUCGAUGGGCUUUUUGAAAUAUUUGUGGAACUUGGAUGCCUCGUCACCGAUGUUGAACAAACUGAUCACUCCGACCAAAACCGGUGCCAGGAAUUACUACAAAGGUGUCGCACGCUCAAAGAAAAAGCCGUGGACUGGUACGGAGCGAGCCUCACCCGCAUCGGAGGAGUGCCGUUCGUUGAUCAGGAAUCCCAUCAGUCCUUUUUGCCACCUACUGACGAUCUAUUCGGCGCUGCAUACUCCUUCGUCUCGCUUGACAACGCAAGGAUACACAUGUUCUACUGGAUGGCCUUGGCCAUCAAUCACUCAUUAAUCUACCAGGCCGAGGUUCUUGUCCUCUCACACACUCGAAAGGCCUUCUCCGUAGACCCUACCACGCAUGGAGACUUUGUUUCCGCCGGUUUCUACGCCGACCAAUUCUGUCGCUCGAUUCCAUAUUUCCUACAAGGCCAUGUGGAGCUCUGGGGUAUGGUCGCAGUCUUGGUUUCCAUGCCUCAUAUGCUCAAAAUCUACAUUCAUCUUCGAAGCCGGGACAAUUUCUUCUGGUGUCUACAAUUCUGCUCCUUCAUGUCCAUGUUCGGCAUUGAAAUGGCAACUUACAUCAGUGAGGCGUGGAGAAAAACUUGGUAUCUCGCAGAGGACCCGUCAUCUAUCAUUGAGAUAUGGACUGUCGAAAGAAAUACCGGUAUCGAUGGAAAUUCCGCAUGGGAAAGUGUUGGAGAUAGCAGAGGUUGA